AUGCGGUCACCACCACCUCCUCCACCACCAGAAGUGGAACCGAUCUCAUGGCUGCAGAUAGCACUGGCCACGCUGGGUGUAGGCGGCACUCUCACCGGCUUCUACUACUGGGCAAAGCAACAAUGCGGACCUCUGUCCCUGCCCCAGUACCUCUUCACGGGCAGGGAGCUCAACACGACGACUUUUGUCCCCUUUACCGUCGUGUCCAAGGAGCCCCUGACCGACAACAGCUUCAUCAUCACACUGCGCCCGCGCCGCCGCCACAUCCGCACCGUCGCCUCGCCCUGGCGUGGCCCCACACUGGCCUGGCUGUCGUCCUUGUCGCCCUGGCGCGGCGGCGGCGAGGGCAGGCUGUUUGACCUGCAGCUGCGCGAGCACAGCAACUUUGACGUCUACGACCGUGCCUGGCGCCACGGCCUCUGGGCCGUCGAGGUCAAGCAGCCCCAGCUUCAGAUCGUGCGCGAGUACACCCCGCUGCCGCCCUAUUGGGCGGACACCGAGGACCAGCGCGAGGCGGAGCGCGCCGCCGGCGAGAUCAGGCUGUACGUGCGCAACGUGGGUGAGGUAUCCAACUAUCUGGCUCGCAAGCGCCCUGGUUCUAUCGUCGAGCUGCGCGGGCCGUAUCUGGGCUUGGACGUCGCCGAGCGCCUCGGCGAUCCUGCGGACAAGCAGGUCACGUUCCUGGCUGGCGGCACGGGCAUCGCGCCCGCCAUGCAGGUCGCUCACAGGCUGCUGGAUGGGGACAGGUAUGCAGACAAGGACAAGCCUCUUGCAAAGCCUGAAGUGCAGAUAACCUGGGCGAAUCGCGUAAGGGCCGACACUGCACAGAGUUCCUCCAUCAUGCGCCAGCUCGCCGGGAUGAGGCAGCGGCACGGAAAGAAGCUUGGCCUGGAGUGCGUGGUGGACGAGGAGAAGAAGUUCAUCGACGAGUGCAUCGUGGCCAAGGCCAUCUCUGCAAGGAAGCCAGGCCCACCACAGGAUGGCGAGGCAUGCCCAUAUCACUCCAGCCUGUUGCUUCAGCACACGACAACCGAUUCGCCGGCUGGGGAAGGGCCCGGUUGUCGGUGCGAGGGCUCAUCCAGGGGUCGGAACCUGUUGUUUGUCUCUGGUCCUGACGGUUUUAUCAACCAUUUGGCUGGAGAGAAGCUUUGGCGUGAUGGCAUGCUGUUGCAGGGCCCGAUCGGUGGGUUGUUGGGAAAGAUUAGGAACAAGUACCCGGACCAGUUCAAAGACUGGCUCGUGCUGAAGCUGUGA